CCAACUACAAUGACUUAUACCAGUGGUCAGUGGAAUCCUACUUGGACUUCUGGGCAGAAUUCUGGAAGUACAGUAACAUCGUUUGCUCUCGCCUAUAUGAUGAGGUGGUUGAUACAUCCAAAAGUAUUGCAGAUGUCCCGGAAUGGUUUAAGGGCAGUCGGCUGAACUAUGCAGAAAAUCUUCUGAAGCACAAGGACAAUGACAAAAUUGCACUGUAUGCAGCAAGGGAAGGCAAAGAAGAAGUCUUGAAAGUUACUUUUGAAGAACUGAGACAAGCUGUAGCUUUGUAUGCUGCAGCCAUGAGGAAGAUGGGAGUAAAAGUUGGAGACAGAGUUGUGGGUUACUUACCAAACAGCAUUCAUGCAGUGGAAGCAAUGUUGGCUGCUGCAAGCAUCGGAGCGAUCUGGAGUUCCACAUCACCAGACUUUGGCAUUAAUGGUGUACUGGACAGAUUUUCCCAAAUUCAACCUAAGCUUAUCUUCUCUGUCGAAGCUGUUAUCUACAAUGGCAAACAACACAACCACUUGGAAAAGCUGCUGAGGGUGGUGAAAGGGCUUCCAGAUUUAAAAAAAGUGGUGGUGAUUCCAUAUGUGUCCUCAAGGGAAACAAUAGACAUUUCCAAGAUUCCAAACAGUGUCUUUUUAGAAGACUUUCUUGCUACUGGGAAAGGAGACCAGGCCCCUCAGCUGGAGUUUGAGCAGCUGCCUUUCAGUCAUCCUCUCUUUAUCAUGUAUUCAUCAGGCACAACAGGGGCACCAAAAUGCAUGGUUCAUUCAGCAGGGGGUACAUUAAUACAGCACCUGAAGGAACACAUUCUUCAUGGCAACAUGACCAGCAAUGAUGUGAUUAUGUACUACACAACGACCGGCUGGAUGAUGUGGAAUUGGCUAGUGACUGCACUUGCCACAGGAGCUUCAGUGGUCCUGUAUGAUGGAUCUCCUCUAAUUCCUUCACCAAAUGUGCUCUGGGACUUGACUGACAGACUAGGGAUCACCAUCCUUGGAACGGGUGCAAAGUGGCUGGCUGUGCUAGAAGAGAAAAAUCUAAAGCCAUGUGAAACACACAAUCUCCAAACACUCCACACUAUCCUGUCUACAGGAUCUCCACUCAAAUCCCAAAGCUAUGAGUAUGUCUACAAACACAUAAAAAGCAGUGUCCUCCUGGGAUCCAUUUCAGGUGGGACAGAUAUCAUUUCGUGUUUCAUGGGUCAGAAUGUUACAGUGCCAGUUUACAAAGGAGAAAUUCAGGCCAGGAAUCUUGGAAUGGCUGUAGAAGCAUGGAAUGAUGAAGGAAAACCAGUCUGGGGUGAAAGUGGAGAGCUGGUUUGUACCAAGCCUAUUCCCUGUCAGCCCACACACUUCUGGAAUGAUGAGAAUGGAAGCAAAUACAGGAAGGCUUAUUUUUCCAAAUUCCCAGGUGUUUGGGCCCAUGGUGAUUACUGCAAAAUUAAUCCCAAGACAGGAGGAAUUGUCAUGCUGGGUCGCAGUGAUGGUACAUUAAAUCCAAAUGGAGUAAGAUUUGGAAGUUCUGAAAUCUAUAACAUAGUGGAAGCCUUCGAGGAGGUUUCAGAUAGCCUCUGUGUCCCUCAGUACAACAAAGAUGGGGAGGAGAGGGUGAUCCUCUUCCUGAAGAUGGCAUCAAACCACACGUUCAGCAAGAGCCUGGUGAAGAGGAUCCAGGACGCGAUCCGGAUCGCGCUCUCUGCCAGGCAUGUUCCCAGCCUCAUUCUGGAAACCAAAGGCAUUCCGUAUACAGUAAACGGGAAGAAAGUGGAAGUAGCUGUGAAGCAAAUAAUUGCAGGGAAGGAAGUGGAGCAACGAGGAGCUUUCUCAAACCCAGAGGCUUUGGACCUGUACCAAAAUAUUCCUGAGCUUCAAAACUACUAAAGUCACUUAGUUUUAUUUUUGUUUUGUUUUGGUUUUUUUUCAUCUGUCUUUGUUCUGUGUUUGUUUUGUAUAUACCAAUACUGUAUGUAAAGAAAAAGCUCUAUUUAAUACCAGUGGUUCUUUUAAAAGAAAAAAAAUAUUUCAUGAAGUGCAUUAUGAAAGGCUUGGGUAAAGCUUAGCUCCCUUUUAUUGGUGAAAUAUGCCAUAUAUCUUGGAGGUUUUUUUCCAGCCUGGAAGGAGGAACCUGCCUG